AUGACAGCCGCGACCUCGGGCGUGCUGCGGUCAGCCGACCUCUUUGCGCUUCUCGCUUCGUACCAAGAUGGCGUCAUUGAAGACGUGCUGCGCUUCCGCGUCUUCACCGAGGCCGACUGCGACCGCCUCAUCAGCGGCGACAUAGCCACCAUGCUCCUCCCGCAACUGCAUGCGGUCGACGCCGCGCUGGCACCUUGGUAUGCAGCCGUCGGCACCUCUCGCCUUCUAUCCGUUCUUCGUGACGCGCCGCCCAUGCGCUAUAUGGUGUUGUACCACGCAGCGUACGCCGACCGCGUCGACAUUGCUGGCUUUGUCCACGCCCACUAUCGCCUCGAAUCGUCGUGCGACCACCUCCUCGACCUCGCCGCGCUGCGCGGCAGCCUCGCGACGCUUACAUUCUUCCUCGCCAACGGGUACAGUGGCCUUACAGGGCACGCUCUUGACCUUGCGGCGCGACAGGGUCACUUGCACGUCGUGGAGCACAUUACUGACCACACGGACGUGGUCGGCUCGACGCGCGCGAUGGACGGUGCUGCAUCCGAAGGGCACUUGACCGUCGUCCAAUACCUCCACGCACGACGCCGCGAAGGGGCAACGGUCGCAGCCCUCGAUGGCGCCGCCGCCAACGGGCAUUUGGCGAUCGUGACCUUUCUGCACGAGAAGCGAACGUACGGAGCAACCCGCGGCGCCAUCGACCGCGCGGCGCUCAAUGGUCACUUGGACGUGGUUCGGUUCCUGGUGACACAUCGCAGCGAAGGCUACAGCGCGCGCACGUGCGAGGCUGCACUAGCCCAUGGCCACAAGGACGUCUAUGAGUAUCUUUUGACGCGUGCCUCGUAAAACCAGUUAGUCGUAGCGAUCAAGCACGUAGGUCGUUCAAUGUAUUACCGCACAGCACUAGUGCAAAGCGAAUGAAUGAAGCGCAUCGUCACGUACAUUAGAUCCAGGA